GGGCGGAGAAAAGGGUUGGGCUGUCAGCCCUCAGCCAACCCUUCAGAGGAGGCGGCCCCGGCCACGGGGGAGCUGCUGGCUGCCGGGGCUGCAUUCAGUGCCGCUCCGGGUUCUGGGCAGGGAAACACCGAGCGAAGGAGCAGCCCAGCCGGGAACCGCCGGUGGCUCACUCCGUCCCUGGGGCCGUCAAUGGCCCUGAUUCAGAGCGCGGUGCAGCUCCGACAGCGUCGUACUCGGCAACCUCCCUCUGAGCGGCGUGAGUGAAUGAGGAGGGAGCGAUGGGCAACACAGCGCACAAGAGCUUGGCAGAUACCAGUCAUCAAGCUCGUCCCGUAUCCCACAGGCCUUAUUACACCUUACCCAACGGUAACCAUGAGAGACGAUCUGUCCUCACCAUUACUGAGCCUCCACGAUUCCACUUCCAGGCCAAAGGAAAAAACAUCCGCCUGGAUACCCAUUCUCGGAAGGCCAUCCGAAGGAAUAGUUUCUGCAAUGGCAUCACUUUCACUAACCGUCCUAUUCACCUCUAUGAGAAAGUGCGUCUGAAGCUGGUAUCUGUGCACCAUGGCUGGAGUGGGGCGUUGCGUUUUGGCUUCACAAUUCACGAUCCAUCACAGAUGAAUGCCGGUGACAUUCCAAAAUAUGCCUGUCCAGACCUGGUGACCCGACCAGGCUUCUGGGCUAAAGCUCUGCCAGAGAGGUUUGCACUAAGAGACAAUGUCCUGGCAUUCUGGGUUGAUCGUCAAGGGAGAGUUUUCUAUAGCAUUAAUGAUGAAGAGCCAAUUCUGUUUCACUGUGGCGUCAAAGUCUCUGGUCCUCUCUGGGCGCUGAUAGAUGUCUACGGGAUCACUCAUGAAGUGCAAAUACUAGAUAGCAUGUUUGCUGAGACCAUGACCUCCACCCGUCUGAGCAACGCACGACUCAGCACUUGCCUUCCUCAGAGCAACCACGAUUCGGCCAAUUUUAACAACAAUGAGCUGGAGAACAAUCAAGUGGUUGCCAAAAUUGCAAAUCUGAAUUUGAGCCGUAUGCCUGGGCUGCCCACAGAUAAUCAUACAAUUCCCUGCUGCCCAAGCAGGAGGCAGCUUGGGCAAAUUGUGCCUGCCUUUCUAGACACAGAUCUUCAUUUCCACCCUACUCAUGGGCCUGAUAUUAACUUUUCUCAGGAUCGUAUGUCUGCCUGCACCAACUGGCAGGAAAGCAACAGAACCUUGGUGUUUUCUGACCGACCUUUGCACAUCGGUGAAAGCUUGUUUGUGGAAGUGGGACACCUGGGCUUGCCAUAUUAUGGGGCCCUCACGUUUGGUAUCACUUCCUGUGAUCCUGGUACUUUACGGACAAAUGAGCUCCCAGCAGACCCAGAUUUUCUUCUGGAUCGCAAGGAGUACUGGGUGGUUUGCCGAGGUUUCCCUGUCCUCAACAAUGGUGACAUCCUCAACUUUGUGCUUUUGCCAAAUGGAGAAGUGCAUCAUGGAAUCAAUGGGAUGAACCGUGGGAUGCUGAUGUGUGUUGAUACCUCACAAUCACUGUGGGUUUUCUUCUCAAUCCAUGGUGUAAUCAAUCAGCUAAAAAUAUUAGGCACAGUACAAUCCAGCCCUGUGACCAUCUCCCCCUCAGGAUCCCCUGGAGGCUCACAAUAUGACAGCGAUUCGGAUAUGGCGUUCAGCGUGAACCGGUCUUCAUCGGCUUCUGAGUCGUCCCUCGUGACUGCUCCAAGUUCUCCUCUGAGUCCUCCAGUGUCUCCUGUGUUCUCACCUCCAGAGCCCUCAAGCAGCAAGAAUGGGGAAUGCACAGUUUGCUUUGACAACGAGGUGGAUGUGGUGAUCUAUACCUGUGGACACAUGUGCCUGUGCAACACCUGUGGUCUUAAACUGAAGAAACAGCUCAAUGCCUGCUGUCCAAUCUGCCGACGGGUCAUUAAAGACAUUAUCAAAAUCUACCGUCCUUAACCUCACCUCAGCCCACCCCUCAGGGCGUGAUUAAUGAGGAGCAGGAUGAAGAAUGUUGUUAGCGAUUGCCACACCUUACUGUCCCUGCUUUAUGGGUAUUGUGCUGGUCAGUGGUUGCUGAGUGACUCUUGUCUGUAUUUCCAUGUUUUGACCAGUAGAAACAAAUCAGGGAAAAUUAAGUGAACUGGGAAACACUCUGUCUUUGUAAGAGGCUGAAAGUAUACAGUUGCAGAGUGGGAAGAGUUUUGGAAAGAUGCUGCUCCGAUGGAUAAGGGUGGGGCCCCGGGGAAAAGGAGUCCUAAUACAAUUGCCGUGUUGAUUCCUAAAGAAAACCAAAAAGAUCUUGUGCAUUGUUUUCACUCAUAUAUGCAGCUGACCUAUCUUGAGCAGGAUAAAUGAGAAGUCACUAGACCAGUUUAAACAUUUGGGAUUCUUUCCUGCUAUAUCUAGGAAUGCUAAAAAUUAGUUUGAUUUGUAAGCCAGUUCAAAUAGAGAAAAUGAGAGUAGAUUUUCAUUUAUUCUUACUUUGGGUUGCAGGAAUAACAGGUCACGAAUAUUCUGUUACUUAUUUCAAAGUUUUUUUCGUAUUAUUCAUAAAUCAAGAUCAUGAAUAGGGAUUAUCUAAUUAAUCAAUUACUCCCAAUCAAAUGUGUAAGAGCAGCGAUAUUUUCAUAAAUCUAAGUUUAUUAGAUUUUAUUUUUGGUUUACAACAUGGACUACUCAUUUUUUCUCCCAAAUGUAAGAAGUUGUGGCUCAGUUUAUGAAAUCAAGAACAAGGCAUCUUGGGAGAGUCUGGCACACACAGAGAGCUAUAAUGAUUCCCUCAGGAUUUUAUUUUUCACCUCUGUGUGACUUGAUACUUCCAGCCUUUCUAGUGAGCAAUUAACAAGUGCUUUCUGAUCUGGAGAGUGUGUGGAAAGCAGUAGGCCUCUGCAGGCAGAAGAAGCAGUACAGUGUCAUGUUGUUAGUUUGGUUUUGGCUUAGCAUGUCGUGUGAAUUCAGAUCACUGGAAUAAGCAACCAGUCCUGGCUUAUUAUAUGUGAUCCACCAGCUUAUGAUAGAGGCUGUGAAUAGUUAUUAGCCCAGCAUCUGUAAGGUGUAACACAUGAAGGUAUCGUUUUAAUUAAGUUGCAGACGAAAGUGGCUAAUGGAUUAUUUAGAAUUUCAAGCUUCCAGUGUUUUCUUAUUUAUGAUUUAUAAAUACAGUUGAUUGAUAUCUUCCUUCAUUUCUCUCCAGAGAUUUUGUCAACAAAGUAUGUAGCAAUGUCCAACUCAUAUCUUCCGCUCCAGGAAGUUGUCUGCUGUUCCACAAUGGAGGCAUCUUACUGAAAUUGAAAAGCUUUUUUAUUUGGCACUGUUUGCGGGAAAAGGAAUUUUCAAGCUAUUAUUAGACCUGUGCUUAAAAGAUAAAUGAAAUUUGGUUAUAGUAUUAGUGCUGAAUUAUAACCUAAAUAAUACAUGAAGGACAAUCAGGGAAUUACUAAAUUAGGCCCAGAUGUGGAUUCUUUUUUUUCUAAGAGAGUGAACUUGUACACUGUUCUGGAGGGCUCCAAUGUUCAACGAUCUUUGAAAAUUUAAAUGUCCAAUGAGCUAAGUUGAGCAUGUUUAGUUUAGUGGUUAAAAUGCAGGUAGUCCUCAACUUACAGCAGUUCACAUUUAGUGACCAUUCAAAGUUACAAUGGCACUGAAAAAAGUCACUAAUGGCCAUUUUUCACAUUUAUGACCGUUGGCACCAUCUCCAUGGUCAUGUGAUCAAAGUUCAGAUGCUUGGCAACUGAUUCAUAUUUAUGAUGGUUGCAGUGGCCUGGAGUCUUGUGAUUAUCUUUUGAGACCUUCUGACAAGUAAAGUCAGUGGAGAAGCCAGAUUCACUUAUCAAUCAUACUAAUAACUUAAUUCACUUAACAACUGUGGCAAGAAAGGUCGCAAAAUGAGGUAAAACUCACUUAACAAAUGUUUCACUUAGCAACAGGAAUUUUGGGCUUAAUUGUGGUUGUAAGUCAAGGACCACUUAUACAUGUGACCUUUCCCAGGUACCUCAGACAGGAAGUAGACCAGACGAGCUAAAUUCUACUUUAUUCAACCCUAUUGUAUGCUAAUUCUAUUUUAUUGCUACAUGAACAGAGAAGAAAACUGCAGGGACUAAUUCAGGCAAUCACCAGGAGUCAAGACUGACUUGAAGACAUCCCCAUUCCUUCUGCCGCCCCUAUUUUUUUUUCCUUCUCAAACGCAGAGGUCUGAAGUCAGCUUCUCCCUGAUUUUGGAAGCUCUGAUUUUGAGAUCAGCUUCUCCCUGAUUUUGGAGGUCCUAGCGAUAUUAAUCCCCAAUUGUAGCCUAUCCAUUUAGUCAGCAAAAUGACUAAUAGAAUUUAUCUACUAUAAAGCUCUACCUUUACGACAACUUCUAUAUUCUGAUAUGUAAUUGAUGGGAGCCAAAGCUGCUUUUAAACUGUUUUUUGACUUGUUCCUGUAAUACCUGUACUAGAGGAACUGAUGAAAUUGCAAGGAUACCAUAUGCGCUCAUUUCUUCUCAUGUCAUUGCUAGGACCCAUCUAAGCUCUGAUUGAAUUUUUUUCCCAGAAACAUAGCCAUUGUGGUACAUGAUGGCUUCCAGUAAACGUUGCAAUAUACAUUUUAUAUUCUACUUACCAUGUAAACUUGAGUAAUGAAGUUUGCAUUGCAGUGCAAUCAGUUAUUAGGAAAAAAUGGCUGAGAACGUUAAGAUUCAAGUUUUGUGAUAAAUAAUGAGUUGUAAAAUCAUCAGCUACACUUGUAUUCACAGGCUGCUUUCAGCAGCUUCUGGAUUCUUAUAACAAUUUGACCAUAGCUGACUUUAAUUUCAAGUUUUCUAGCCAUAGAUGUCACCUAUGUACAUGAGAAAGCUGGAUAACAGAGAUUGUUUCACUGUUUAAGAUGAGACUGUAUUAUGAUGGAUUUGAGCAAUUACAAGCAAAAAUUUCUAAGGAAUAAGGUUAUUCUGACUGUUGAAGGCCAUAAAGAAUGCUAAUAAUAAUAAUAACCCUGGAAUUGCCAGAUUCAAACUUUUAGAGAGAGCUUAGCAUGAAUAUUUUAGUACUUUUGCUGUUGAUAAAUUGGUUUAAAUUUUAAAAAAAUGCCAGUGUAAUUCCUGGUUACAUUGCCCAUUUUUGACAGUGUGAUCCUGGAGUGAAAAACGUGAGGUCUUACACAUGGAUUGUAGUUUGCUCACUCCUGCCAUAGAAGCUGCAUUUAGACUUGGAGAGGAAGAAACUCAUCUCUAUCAUCUUUAUCUCAUUGUAAGUUUAGAUGCUUGGUCAAGAGUAAUUUUGCAAGUUAAGAUAAUUGUUUGCUAGAAGUGGUUUUGUGAACUGUAACUUUUUACUUGUAUAGAAAAUUUUCUGGCUCAAAUCAGCAGCAUUAUUUUCCUUGACUUUUGCUACUUUUUCACUACCGUUGAUUAGAGAGUUCGUUCUCAGAGAGUUUCUAAAUUAAUGUGAUCACAACUUCUACAGAUUGCUCCUGGGGAUGUGCAAAACACUUGAAAUUCAAAACACCCUAUUUUGAAUGUGAAUUGGCUGAUCUGAACACUUUGGAAGUGUCAUGAGCUCAAAACUCUUCCAAAAUAUUUGGAAUGCUCAAGUUCUACACCAAGAGAACUUGGUAGGUGGGGUAUUCAGACAAGAUCAGUAGGAGAUUAUUCAGAUCCAGAAUUUUUUGCAGAUCCCUAAUUAUUACUACAGACUUUUAGUAUUACAGUGCUAUUGUCUAGUUCUAGCAUGUCUCCCAGCAAUAGGAUUGCGAUGAAGAAUAGUGAAUAUUACAGAUUUCCUUUGUUUUUGCUGCUCUUAUGGGGUAGUCUCAGAAAUCAGACCUGGUCAAGGGGCUGGAAUAUAUUAACAGUACAAAACUCUACAUUGUGGCCGGUAUGAUAAAUCCAAGGAUGUUUUCCCCACUUGGGUGCUAUUUACAACCUCCAACACUGAUAUUCUCAGCAACACGUAGCCUCCUAGUAUCUCUUUCAGAACUGUCACUUGAGUCUAUUUAAUCAUCAGCCAUUUAAUAUAAAACCUACCUGAGCAUUUGCCGUAAACCUUUGCACUGGAACUGAUUUAGCUAAGUGAACAUAUUUCCUCCUGGCUUGGCAAUUUAUGCCUACAAUAACUGCAAAAAGCAAAAUGCUUGGUGCCAAGGCAGAAAAAGGGCCUUCUUUAUCUUAAAAAAGAUUUACCAAAUGAAGCAGCAUCUGACAGAGGUAGUCAUAAGCUUAAAUGGAAACACAGUUCUGCUUACUGAAGUUUCAGAAGGAAGUCUCAUACGCUGACACAACAUUUAGGAAGUGGAGGCUACUUAGCAAUUAGUUUUCGCUACUGCUUGUUUCCCCCCCCCCUUUUUUUUUUUUUUUAAUUUGUUCUGAAAAUCUGUUCGUGCCUUAUAAGGGUGUGUGUGCACUUUUUAUCCUUUUUAAUGCUACUUUAAAAUGGAGAGGGGAAAAAAAGAUCUUAACACAAAUGGCUGGUAGUUUUAUAGACUUGCCUGUGUUCACCAAUAAUUAUGCUUUUUGAUAUUGGAGUGACAAAUGUAUGUUUUCAUUGAAUUUUUGCUGGCACUCUCUUUCCCCUUUGUAUAAAAAGCUUUUAAAAAAGAAUUUCCAGAUUUCUAGAAUUUCUUGAUAUAUCUGUAAUACAUGAUGUGAGCUGUAUUUCACAUUUCCGAAUAAGCCAGAUUAAUCUCUGUAAUAAACUUUAAAAGCCAAUUAAAUGGGGAGGGAAGUUUGCACUUCUCUGUAUGUUAAUAUUCUCUAGUAUUGUGAUCUGUAGUGCGCGUGUGUAUAUAUUUUUUAUUAUUUUGGUCUGUUUUACAUGAAUAUAAAAUUUUACCUGUUUAUGAAACAA